GUUUUUUUUUUUUUUGUUGUCUCUCUGUGCGAUUAAUCUCCGUUUUCCCUUUUCUCUCUCGCUCUCGCUCUCUCUCUCUCUCUCUCUCUCUCUCUGUUGCUUGUGUGUGGACCAGAUCGCUGAUCGAUGGCGGACCUUUGAUGGCGAAUCAGCUCGAGCGCAGCUAAGGGGAAGAUCAUUUCGGGUUUACUGAAUGAUAUGGAAUCCAGAGCAGUUGUCUGAGGCAGGUGUUCAGCUUUCUUGUUCUUGUUGUUCUUCUUCUUCUGAAUCGACGUGAGAAUUUUGUUGUUUGGCUGCAGUCGCGUUAAACCCUAGUUUUCCUUGCGAGUCUAGGAUUGGGAUUUUUUCAAUUCGACUUUUUUAUUAUUAUUAUUAUUAGGAUUAGUUUAUCGUUUGAUGAACUGGGAUUGACGGGGUCAAGGCUAAGCUCGACGGAAUUUCGUGAUUUUUCACUUCCUGCGUAACCAAAUUGAUCGAGGAUUUAUUGUUUUUUAUUAUUGUAUAUCGACUAGGUUAGUUUCGUUUGAGAGAAUUGGGGUUUUCUGUACGGAUUCUUCGGUGAUUUCAAGCUUGUGAUAAAUUUAAGUAAUGUGUUGUGAGGGAUUUUCUGUUGGAGAAGGGUGGAUUGUUCAUCUGGGACAGAGUUGAUCUUGUGCUUUGAGGUAAUUUGAAUUUCAUGGUGCCAUUGGGGUUUCUUCUAACCAGAGGCCGUUAAGUUUCAGGUUGAAUUGGGGGUUUUUUAUUUUUACUUUUAUUCGAAUAAAUUUGUAAUGGGUGACGAAAUCUUUGAUGCCAUGAACCUUGACUUGAAUCUGGGUCCUAUUCCAGAGCCUCCUUCAAACUCUCCAAAUGAAGAUGUGAAUUUAGCUAAUUUGAUUGAGGACCCUGUACAUAGAUUUGGAGACGCUAUCAGGUUUAGGACGAGACAUCGAUGGAGAAGGCGUCAAGUCCAAAUUCCUUCUGGGACUCAGAAUAUUUCAUUGGAAUUGAGUGAAAUUAUGGUCAAUUCAGUCAAUGGGAAUUCAUUACAGCCAUUACAGGCUGGUGAGGGUAGUAUUACUGCUGAGGAAAGGAAAAAUGAAGCAGGGAAAACUUGUGAAAUUAACAAUGAAGCUUUGGAAGAUGAAAAGGCAGAGAAUAAGAGUGAUGUUGAAAAGGGCAGUGACUCUGAUGGGAGUUUCUUUGAUUGUAAUAUAUGUCUGGACUUGGCUAGGGACCCUGUUGUUACUUGUUGUGGUCACCUAUACUGCUGGCCGUGCCUUUAUCGAUGGCUACAUCUACAUUCAGAUGCCAAGGAAUGCCCUGUAUGUAAAGGAGAGGUUACCAUGAAGACUGUGACGCCAAUUUAUGGUCGUGGCAGCAACACGCCUAUGACAGAGGAGGAUGCUGCACUUAAGAUUCCUCUAAGGCCUCAUGCUCGGAAGGUUGAAAGUUUGAGACAAACCAUUCAGAGGACUGCACUUAAUUUCCCUAUGGAUGAGAUGAUUCGUCGAUUGGGGAAUAGAUUUGAUUUCAAUCGUGAUCUAGACCAACCGCCGGAGCCAGACGGUUCACAUGAAACAUUUGGUCGAUCUCCAACCUUGUUGAAUAGGAUUUUAACGUCCAGGGGAAUUCGUAGAGAACAAAUUUCACUACACCCCCAUGAUGAUGUAGGAGUUUUAGAACUCCCUCAUGCGUCUGGCACCGAGGCAGGAGAUACCCGUCUUCAAUCUCUCCCAGUGCUUCGAUCAUUACUACACAGGACAAGAGUUUCUUCUCUUACCUCUGCGUUUAAUACUGCUGAUAGGCUUCCAGAGGGCUUUUUGUACACCGAUCCGCUCGUUCCUAGACAUCAAGAGCAGCCUCCUCCGCCUGUGGAGGAUAGAGAUUCUUUCUCUAGCAUUGCUGCUGUUAUCAAUUCUGAGAGUCAAAUGGACACCGCUGUAGAAAUUGAUUCCAUGGUCUCCCAUUCAACAUCAUCAUCCAGAAGAAGAAAUGAUUCUUUGCAGGUUUCCGAUGUAGACAGUGGAAACUCUCGGGCGCCCAGACGGAGAAGAUUGGCAUGAAAGGAGGGCCUCUAUCUGAAUCCCAAGAUUGGGAAAAUGAAUCAUGACUAAUAUUUCCACACCUAUGUAAGUUCUACUUGCAUUUAUUUACUUUUUCAUUAAGAAAAAAGCAUUGGCUCUUGCUUCGACAACGGACUAUUACAUGGUCGAUAUUCAAUUUUCUUCGUUUUACUGCUCUUAUUGUACGUGAAUUGAAAUGUAGGCAUACUUCUUGAACAUAUGGGAAGCAAAUAAUUAGUAAAUCAAGUAGAGAGUACUUUCCUUUAUCUCCUCCAUAUGUAUCCUUUCAUGCAUCAAAACCCAGUUCAACAUUUUCUUACAAAUCUAUAUCUAUCAUCUUCUUG